AAGGGAGAGAGAAAGGAAGUGAGGUGGAGCAAUGCGCGAGCUCUGUUCAUGGAGCUGGUUCGGGAAGAUAGAAGAAGAAAUCAAAAACCCUAACUCUUAAAAAAGAUCCCCGAUUAUGAAGCUCUGGUACUCCACGGUCCUUGGGACCCCCUCCUUCUUCUCCCCCAUGUCCGUCACCCCAACUGACGACUCCCCCACUCCCCUCCGCCGCCGCCAUUACCCUGAAUUCCACCUCCCCGGCGGCGACUUCUACACAGGCCAAUGGGCCCCCACCGGCAACCCUAAAGGCUCCGGUAAGUACGUCUGGUCCGACGGCUGCAUGUACGAGGGCCAAUGGUCCUCCGACGGCCUCCCCAACGGCCAGGGUAAGUUCUCCUGGCCCUCCGGCGCCAUCUACGAGGGCUAUUUCAGUGACGGAUUCCUCGACGGCUUCGGUGCCUACACCGAUUCCUCCGGCGAAACCUACAAGGGUUUCUGGUCGAUGGACCGGAGGAAUGGGGACGGUACCCAAUCUUACUCUAAUGGCGAUUUCUACGACGGCGAGUGGGUUUACGGUUUCCCCGACGGGUACGGUCAGUACAACUGGGUUAAUGGAAACGAGUAUUUCGGUCAAUGGAGAGCCGGGGUUUUUCACGGGAUCGGUACAUUUCUUUGGGCCGCCGGAGAUCGAUACGACGGCGAUUGGGAUGCGGGGUUUCCCGCCGGCGAAGGGACACUUGCGGAGCGUAAAUCGUUAAUCGCCGCCGUGAUGAAGGAGGGGAGGAUCGCGGCGGCGGAGAGGAUAUCUGUUCUGCCCUCACAGAAAAGGUUCGUUUGGUCUAGAACUAGUGUUCAGGUUAGAAGUGACAAUGGAGUUAGGUUAGAUUCGGAUAGGGGUGGAGAGGAGGAAGAAGGUUGCUGUAGCAUUGGUGACCGGGGGGAUUCUUCGGAGGGGGAUGGUAGUGGCCGGAAAAGGGUGAAGUUUAGGUGGAGCACGGCGGCGAAGAAGCAGGGGGCGACGAUAUCGAGGGGGCAUAAGAACUAUGAGCUGAUGCUUAGUCUGCAGCUCGGAAUCAGACAUUCAGUGGGAAAACAAUCAGUUCAGCCAGCAACAAUUAGUCUGAAAACUUCAGCUUUUGAUCCUAAAGAUAAAAUAUGGACAAAGUUUCCUCCUGAAGGAACAAGACUCACACCUCCACACCAGUCUUGUGAUUUUAGGUGGAAGGAUUACUGCCCUCAGGUUUUCAGAAGCUUGAGGGAUCUUUUCAAGGUUGAUGCAGCUGAUUACAUGAUGUCGAUUUGCGGGGACGAAGCGCUUCGAGAGCUCUCUUCUCCCGGAGAGCGCUCUUCUCCCCGAAAGAGUGGAAGCUUUUUUUACCUCACGAAUGAUGAUCGCUACAUGAUCAAAACAAUGAAGAAGGCCGAAGCAAAGGUUCUUAUCAGAAUGCUUCCCGGCUACUUCAGUCAUGUCGCAUGCUUUAAGAACACCCUAGUGACCAGAUUCUUCGGCCUGCACUGCGUCAAGCUAACCGGGCCAUCGCAGAAGAAGGUUCGCUUUGUGAUCAUGGGAAAUCUGUUCUGCUCCGAAUACCCGAUUCACAGGCGUUUCGAUCUGAAAGGAUCGUCUCUCGGCCGCAUCACCGAUAAACCUGAAUGGGAAAUCGAUGAGACCACGACGUUGAAAGAUCUGGACCUUAAUUUCUUGUUCAGGUUGCAGAAAAAGUGGUUUGUAGAUUUUCAGUGGCAGGUGGAGAGGGAUUGUGAGUUUUUGGAGCAGGAGAGGAUAAUGGAUUACAGUUUAUUAGUGGGUGCUCAUUUUAAAGAUGAUGCUGCCGCUGCUACUGGAGGCCGGUAUGGAAGGCUCUCAAAGUUGUCUGAUCCAGCCUGGCCGCCGCCAAUCAGAUUAGGUGUGAGCCUGUCGGCCCGGGUCGAACGAACCGUAAGACGCGACGGCUGCGAGACACAAUUGAUCGGCGAGCCGACCGGAGAACUCCACGACGUGAUCCUCUUCUUCGGCAUCAUCGACAUACUACAAGACUACGACAUCUCCAAAAAGAUUGAACAUGCUUACAAAUCCUUUCAGUUUGAUCCAACCUCAAUAUCAGCAGUGGAUCCCAUUCAAUAUGCCAAACGUUUCAAGGAUUUUAUCUGUAGAGUUUUCAUAGAAGAUAAAUAAAUUACAUACUUCUGCUGCAGUUUCUGAAUGUUCAGAGAUGCCAUGGAUGGAGGUGGAGAGCUCUUCAGGCUUUAUUAGCUGGUUUCUUUAGUUUCUUCUUAGCAGAUUGGUUGGAGCCUGGAAAUGGCUGGCUUAGCUCAGUUUUCUUUUUUAGGUUUCUGCAUUUGGAGCAGAUGAUUGUUUUAUUAAUAAGUAAUUUUGAUUUACUUUACUCACAGGAAUUCCUGUGCUUUUUGUGGGCUGAAGUGUAAACAAAAUAUCUUGAAAGAAUACAUUUAGUUUGUACACAUCUGAUUUGAGUAAAACUUGGUAAUUGUGAUUUUGAAUCCUGAUGCAGAACUACAUCAAGACUCUAAUGAAACUGCGUCACGUCAUACGACAGACCCACUAAAUAAUAUAU